AUGGUGCGCCUUGCUUUCCCACCGUCUGGCUACGCCGUGUUCUACCUGGAAGUUUCCCAAGCGACGAUUGAUGAGCUCUACCUCGAAGCAGAGUCUCGGACCUACAGACCUGUGGUUCGAGAAGUAGGCGGAGUCGAAGAUAACAUGUUCAGAAGUCAAUCGCGAGUUCAGCGCAUGACACCUCCCCUUCGACGUGUUUCCGCUGCAAUCCUUGAGGAUGCAGCUACCCGCGACUCCAACUACAGACCCUGUGUGUUUUCGUACAUGCACUCGCGACCUGGGGGUCUAUACCAGGAACCUCAUCAAGACUAUGCAGACGAAGUGCGAGCUGCUGUGCAUGCCCACUACCCGGGCAGCAUUCUGGCUAGUGUUAUUAUUGCCAUCCAACCCGGGACAAGACUGCGGUUGUUUCCCCGCUGCUUUGACUUUGCCCGCCCUGAAAUGGAGAUUGAAUUGGAGAUCCCUACUGGAUAUGCAGUUGUGUGUCGCGGCGAUUUAUUUCAUAGUGUUGUGGGGUAUACUACUUCCAACUAUAGACUUCAUUGCUACUUGUUUUUUCGAGACCUUGCUUGUCGCUCGUGA